CGAGAACAGUGGUGCACUGUUUCCGCUGCCCCCGUUUGUCUAAUUGGCCCAGACGCUCCACCAGCGCGAAGCUUUCCGGGAGCUCCUAGCUGGCCACCCCCGCGGCCCGCAGCCCGGCAGAGGCGGGAAAGCAGCGCGCCUGCGCUGUGGGAACCGGGGCUGGAGGCGAAAAGCGGGGAGCGGAGGGGGGCCGCGGGAGCCGAGUAGCGUACAGAGCGGCGUGUGACGCGGGGACGCCGCGCGCUCCCAACGUCGCCCCGGUUUGACGCACACGGCACCAAACUGUCUGAUUCUCUGGCCUUUGUGUCCCUGGGAAGUUACUCUGCCAGAGGAAAGCAGGUGUGCUCCACUUCUCCCGUGAACCUGAAGAUGAGUUGUCCCAGACUCUUCUCAGUGAUUGGAAGCUUAGGUGGUGGAGCUAAAGGUUACUUGUUACGAGACUUCUACAGACAACUCUUGUUGGGAUCCAUCUAUGGUUUAGCAACAUUAGUGGAAAAGUUUUCUUGAACUGUAUAAGUAAUAUUGACUUUGAAUAUAAAAACGUUUAUAUUUAGACUUCAGAUUUUGUGUGAUCAUCAAACUCAACGAGGGGAUAAACAUAAUUGGGGGCGAAUGAUGGUCCUGUCUUGUUAAUACUUUCAACAGAAGUAUCAGAACACCACCGUCUGUCCUGUCCAGUCCUGACUAAUUCCACGCUUGUUGCAUCUGGUUGGUAGAUUUGUUUUAAUUGUGUAUUCCCUCCCUGCAGUAGUUUGCUUUAGUUGUAAACAUUUUUUGGUCCCAUAAGAACGAAAACGUUUCAAAAAAUAGACAACUGAAGUUUCUCAAAGAAAGGAAACCUGGCUGUUUGCCUUCAGUGGCAUGUGUUUGAUUUAAUUUUGGAUGAGAUUGUUCUUGCAGCAAGAUGUUAAUAAGACAAAAUCUAGACUAAAUGUGUUAAAUGGGCUUGCCAACAAUAUGGAUGAUUUGAAGAUAAACACCGAUAUUACUGGUGCUAAAGAAGAACUCCUAGAUGACAACAAUUUUAUCUCAGACAAGGAGAGCGGAGUUCAUAAACCAAAAGAUUGUCAAACAUCAUUUCAGAAAAAUAAUACAUUGACUCUGCCUGAAGAACUGUCAAAGGACAAAUCUGAAAACGCCUUAAGCGGAGGCCAGUCUAGUCUAUUUAUACAUGCUGGUGCUCCUACUGUUUCUAGUGAAAACUUUAUCUUGCCUAAAGGAGCUGCUGUUAAUGGACCAGUUUCACACUCCUCCUUAACUAAGACUUCCAGUAUGAAUAAAGGCAGUGUUUCAUUAACCACUGGACAGCCUGUGGAUCAGCCAACAACAGAAUCUUGUUCAGCUUUGAAGGUAGCAGCUGAUCUUCAGCUGUCUACACCACAGAAAGCAAGUCAGCACCAAGUUUUAUUUUUGUUAUCAGAUGUAGCACAUGCUAAGAAUCCCACCCAUUCCAAUAAAAAACUACCUACCUCUGCUUCAGUUGGUUGUGACAUUCAGAAUUCAGUAGGGAGUAAUAUAAAGUCAGAUGGCACUUUAAUAAAUCAAGUAGAGGUGGGUGAGGAUGGUGAGGAUUUAUUGGUAAAAGAUGAUUGUGUCAAUACAGUAACAGGAAUUUCCUCAGGUGCAGAUGGAUUUAGGUCAGAAAAUGAUACAAACUGGGAUCCCCAAAAAGAGUUCAUUCAGUUUCUUAUGACUAAUGAGGAAACAGUAGACAAAGCUCCACCUCAUUCUAAAGUAGGUCUAGAAAAAAAAAGAAAGCGAAAAAUGGAUGUAAGCAAGAUAACUCGUUAUACUGAGGAUUGCUUUAGUGAUUCUAAUUGUGUACCCAAUAAAUCAAAAAUGCAAGGAGUAGACUUUCUAGAACAAAAUGAAGAGCUACAAGCAGUAGACCCACAGAAAUAUGCGUUAUCAAAAGUGAAGCCUGAAUCGAAUGAUGAAGACUUAGAAUCUGUGGAUGCCUUCCAACAUCUAAUUUAUAACCCAGAUAAGUGUGGAGAAGAGAGUUCGCCUGUUCAUACUAGCACUUUUCUUUCAAAUACCUUAAAAAAGAAAUGUGAAGAGAGUGAUUCUGAGUCACCUGCUACUUUCAGUACCGAAGAGCCAUCAUUCUACCCCUGUACAAAGUGCAAUGUGAAUUUUAGGGAGAAGAAGCACCUCCACAGGCAUAUGAUGUAUCAUUUAGAUGGGAAUAGUCACUUUCGCCAUCUUAAUGUCCCAAGGCCAUAUGCUUGUAGAGAAUGUGGACGGACAUUUCGAGAUCGCAAUUCACUUCUAAAACAUAUGAUUAUUCACCAGGAGAGAAGACAGAAGUUGAUGGAGGAAAUUCGUGAAUUGAAAGAACUUCAGGAUGAAGGAAGAAGCGCACGAUUACAGUGUCCUCAGUGUGUGUUUGGUACCAAUUGCCCUAAAACAUUUGUGCAACAUGCUAAAACCCAUGAAAAAGAUAAAAGGUACUACUGCUGUGAAGAGUGUAACUUCAUGGCAGUGACAGAAAAUGAAUUAGAAUGCCAUCGAGGCAUUGCACAUGGGGCAGUGGUAAAAUGCCCAUUGGUCACUUCUGAUAUAGCCCAGAGAAAAACACAAAAAAAGACUUUCAUGAAAGACUCUGUAGUAGGAUCGUCCAAAAAAUCAGCUACCUACGUAUGUAAGAUGUGUCCUUUUACUACUUCAGCCAAAAGCGUUUUAAAAAAGCACAUGGAGUACUUGCAUUCAUCAUCAUGUGUUGAUUCAUUUGGUAGUCCUCUUGGACUUGAUAAAAGAAAAAAUGACAUCCUUGAAGAACCUGUAGAUAGUGAUAGCACUAAACCAUUAACUAAACAACAGUCAACCACGUUUCCAAAGAACUCUGCUUUAAAACAAGAUGUGAAGCGAACAUUUGGAUCAACCUCACAAUCAAGUAGUUUUUCAAAAAUCCAUAAGCGGCCACACAGAGUACAGAAAGCUCGGAAAAGCAUUGCCCAAUCAGGUGUAAACACUUGCAAUCAAAACAGCUCUCCUCAUAAGAAUGUUACAAUUAAAAGCAGCAUUGACCAAAAACCUAAGUAUUUUCAUCAAACAGCAAAAGAAAAGUCUAAUGCCAAGGCAAAUAGCAACUAUUUGUAUAGACACAAAUAUGAAAACUAUAGGAUGAUCAAAAAAUCAGGUGAAUCAUAUCCUGUGCAUUUCAAAAAAGAAGAAGCUAGUUCAUUAAAUUCUUUACACCUGUUUUCAUCAUCAGGCAAUUCUCACAACAGUUUUAUUUCAGACCCCCAUAAGCCUGACACCAAAAGACCUGAAAGCUUCAAAGAUCACAGACGUGUAGCUGUGAAGAGAGUAGUUAAGGAAUCUAAGAAGGAAAGUUCUGUUGGAGGGGAAGACUUGGAUAGCUAUCCAGAUUUUUUGCAUAAAAUGACUGUUGUCGUUUUGCAAAAACUUAAUUCUGCUGAAAAGAAAGAUAGUUAUGAAACAGAAGAUGAAAGUUCCUGGGAUAAUGUUGAGUUAGGAGACUACACUACACAGGCCGUAGAAGAUGAAACCUAUAGUGAUAUUAAUCAAGAACAUGUAAAUUUAUUCCCUUUAUUUAAGAGCAAAGUGGAAGGUCAGGACCCUGGAGAAAAUGCUACUCUUAGUUAUGACCAAAAUGAUGGCUUUUAUUUUGAAUACUAUGAAGAUGCUGGAAGUAACAACUUUUUGCAUGAGAUACAUGAUCCUCAGCAUUUAGAAACUGCAGAUGCAUCAUUGUCAAAGCAUAGUUCUGUUUUUCAUUGGACUGAUUUGUCUCUUGAGAAGAAAUCGUGUCCUUACUGCCCAGCAACAUUUGAAACAGGUGUUGGGUUAUCAAAUCAUGUCCGGGGGCAUCUUCACAGAGCGGGAUUAAGCUAUGAAGCCCGUCAUGUUGUAUCACCAGAACAAAUAGCCACAAGUGACAAAAUGCAGCAUUUCAAAAGAACUGGCACAGGAACACCUGUUAAACGAGUUAGAAAAGCUAUAGAGAAGUCUGAAACCACUUCUGAACACACUUGUCAACUCUGUGGUGGUUGGUUUGAUACUAAAAUUGGAUUAUCAAAUCAUGUUAGAGGCCACUUGAAAAGACUUGGAAAGACCAAAUGGGAUGCUCACAAAUCUCCAAUCUGUGUUCUGAAUGAGAUGAUGCAAAAUGAAGAAAAAUAUGAAAAAAUCUUAAAGGCAUUGAACAGUCGUCGUAUUAUUCCCAGACCAUUUGUAGCUCAAAAACUUGCAUCAAAUGAUGACUUUAUAUCUCAAAAUGUUAUACCUCUUGAAGCAUACCGUAAUGGCCUAAAGACUGAAGCUCUGUCAGUGUCUGCAUCAGAAGAAGAAGGGCUGAAUUUCUUAAAUGAAUAUGAUGAAACAAAACCAGAACUACACAGUGGAAAAAAGAAUCAGUCUCUUACACUCAUAGAACUUCUUAAAAAUAAAAGGAUGGGAGAAGAAAGGAAUUCUGCUAUUUCUCCGCAAAAGAUCCAUAAUCAGACAGCAAGAAAGAGAUUCGUUCAGAAAUGUGUUAUUCCAUUAAAUGAGGAUAGUCCGUUGAUGUAUCAGCCACAAAAAAUGGACUUGACUAUGCACUCAGGUAUGCCUGUGAAGCUUAGAACAUGUGUGCAUUGCAAUACGACGUUUACAAGUGCUGUUAGCCUGUCCAACCACUUACGCGCUUAUGCACGAAAGAAGAGUGCUGGACUUUUGACUGGUACAGCCUUAGAUUGUAAGCAAAAGAAAUCAAGGUCAAGAUCUGGAAGCAAGAAGAAAAUGCUAACAUUACCUCACGGUGCUGACGAGGUUUACAUUCUCCGAUGCAGGUUUUGUGGCCUAGUCUUUCGAGGACCCUUGUCUGUUCAGGAAGACUGGAUUAAGCACUUACAACGACAUAUUGUAAACGCUAAUCUUCCACGGACUGGAGCUGGCAUGGUGGAAGUCACGUCACUACUUAAAAAGCCUGCCUCCAUUACAGAAACUUCAUUUUCUCUACUAAUGGCCGAAGCAGCUUCAUAGAACCAGGAAACCUUUUGAAUAGCCAGUUUGAAUUGGAUGUAAAUUUGAAAUUCUUUUUUUUUUUUUUAAGCCACAUUAAAUUAUCUGUUUAUAAAUACUAAAGCAGGAAAAUGGGGGAAAGUGAAUUACAAUGACAUCAGAGCAAAUCGAAUACUUAACACAGUAAGUAGUCUAUAUAUUUUAUAUAGGGUGGAAGAUGUGUUUUUAAGGUUUAUGAAGUUUUAUUGGUUAACUGUGUUCACUCAAUAAAAAAGCAGUACAUGUAAGCAGCCAUUAAUAAACUGUUGCACAUGGAUACUUACAGACAGACUUAUUGGACAAUUAUGUUUUUUGCAGUGUUACCAGAAUCAAGGCUCUGUUUAUUCCCCACAAGACUUGCAUAGAAAAAUAAGAUAUUAUAUUUUGUUUGUAUGUAUUUAGUGUUUUGUAUAAUACCAAGAACCGCUGACUAAAUUUACUUAAAUUAGGGCAUUAAAUAUCAUGUACUUCAUAGUUUGAGACUGUUCACUCAAAUAGGGCAGAGUACUAUUCUAUCUAGAUGUGUAAGUGUUUUUUUUAAAAUCACAUGGAACGGUUUUUUUUAUACUAAAAAGUGGAGGGAGAUUUGUUUAAACAAGUAUUUCUAAAAGAAAUAUGUACAUAGUUCUGGAAAUUAUUUGUGGUAAGGAAAUAUUCUUUACUCCAGUUGCAUUUCUCAGACAAUAAAGUGGUGCAUCCAUGCUACCUCCUACUUUGUCAACAAAGAUACUAUUUACCCUUUACAUUUUUGUAUCAUAAUAGAUUUUAAAAAUCUAAUGUUCUUUAUUGCAAGACAUUCUUUUGUUAACAGGUUUCUUUUUAAUGUUUUACCUAAAAUUGGACAUGCUUACAGGACAAGUUUGCCUCUUACUUUAUUUAACAUUGUAGAAAUGUAAUUAAUAAACAAUGCUCACUACACAGUUUAGAAUAGACGUUCUCAUUUAUAUUAUCUUCCAAAUUUGAUCAGUUAGCAAAACUUAACACACCAAUUAAAAUAUUUCUACAUAUGAUGAGAAUGUUUACAAUUUAAAUUUUAGAACUUGUUUUGGAUGUGAUUAUAUGUACGAAAAUUGUGUAACACUAUGCUCAUGCUAAGAACCGACAUAACAGAAUUACUGAAAUAAAUGUGCUGUGAGGAAUGGAAAAUAUGGUGCAGGUGUCUUGGUCAUGAUAAAUUGUGAUUCUUUUUAAAAUUUUUUUCCAAAAACAAAUUAGUUCUUUUAAUCUGAAAUCAGAUUCCUUUAUAAACAACAAGUUUUUGUAUGCAAGCACCAUUUUAUUUCAUGUAGUAUGGCCAAUACUAUAGUUGAACCAAGGAUAUGCAUUGAUUCUUUGCUUCGUAUGUAAAUAAAGUUAAAAACAGUUAAAAUAAGGAGUAUUUUGGUAGAGUAUAUACAUACCUCACUGCCAGUGAAAUUGCUUUCCUAUGGUAUAUCUCCUUACCAGAAAAAUCUCUAAAUAAAAAAAGGUUUAAAGAAAAUUAAAAUGUGAAACAUUUCUUAUUUUUAUCAUUGGUGGAAAUAGUUCACUUCAGGUUGUGUUUCAUUGGAUUUAAAUUUUUAUACUUACCAGGUUACUUGGUUCACAGAGUAUAGUUUUUUUCUGGAAUCACCUCAUUGGUCGAUAAAAUGUAUGUGAGAAAGAUCAUUUUUCCCCCUUUCAUGAUUAAUCAAACCUCUAAAGGUAGAACCAUCUUACAUGCAAAAUUAGAAGGUUGGACUAGAUGGAUCAUUCCCAAACAAGGAUCUCCUGAUCCUUAGGUUAAUAGACAAGGGAAAAGUACUUGUAAGUUAUUUUCAAUUUUGCAAAAGACCCGAUAAAAACUAUGUAUUUUUCUAUAGUGACAAAACUAAAACAUCACAUUUCUUUACUUUUGACUGAAAAUAUAUCAAGUCUGUAUAUAUUGGUUAUCUCUUACUGAACAAGUUUCAUUGAUAGCUAUAUAAAGUCUUUGAACAUAUAUUUUUAAAUUGGAAGGCAUACUACAUAGCAAGUGGAAUCCAGAAGUAAAAAAAAAAAA